AACCGUGCAGAAAUGGGCAAGUUCAUGAAACCUGGGAAGGUGGUAAUGGUCCUGGCUGGACGCUACGCCGGCUGCAAAGCUGUCGUUGUUAAGAAUAUCGAUGACCAUGCCCUGGUGGCCGGCAUUGACCGCUACCCCCGCAAGGUGACCGCUACGAUGAGCAAGAAGAAGCUGGCUAAGAGGUCCAAGAUCAAGGCUUUCAUUAAGUUCUUCAAUUACAACCACCUCAUGCCCACCAGAUACUCCGUGGACAUCCCCCUGGAUAAAACUGCGGUAAAUGAGGACGUCUUCAGGGAUCCCGGUGUAAAGCGCAAAGCCAGACGAUAAGCAAAGAUGAAUUUUGAAG